AGGCGUGGGAAGGUGUUCGUUGAACAAGUGCACGAUCAUGGAAGAUAAGAGUUUUGAAGAAGGGCUAACUUGUCGAGAAGCAUAAAUAAUUGCAGAUGAUUUGAGAGAGGAAGUUCCUUUCUGGAUUCUUUCAGGAUGAGCACCAACAGCUCCAGCCUGGUUUAUGAUGCAAAGCCCUUGCUUAUUCUUCCUCUGGCAUUGGUCAUCUUCCUCACGGUGAUUGGGAACCUGCUGGUCAUCCUGGCUAUCAUCCGCACUCCUCUGCUCCACACCACCACCAACGUCUUCAUCAUCUCCCUGGCCUUCGCUGAUCUCAUCAUGGGUUGUGUGGUCCAGCCAGUGGGCGCCAGUAUGGUGGUCAGCGGGAAAUGGCUUUUAGGCGACAAGUUUUGUGACUUGUGGACGUCCGUGGAUGUGCUUUGCGUCACGGCCAGCAUAGAGACGUUAUGUGUCAUCGCCGUUGAGCGCUAUGUUGCGAUCACAACACCUUUUAAGCAUCGGGUCCUCCUUGGGAAGCGCAGAGCUGGGUAUAUCGUCUGCACGGUGUGGAUGGUGGCAUCCCUAGUUUCCUUCGUGCCAAUCAUGAACCAUUAUUCUCGUGCUGAUUACGAGGAGGCAAAAAUAUGUUACAAUAAAUCAGAAUGCUGCGAUUUCCAUACGAAUAGGCCCUACACCAUCUUCUCCUCGGUGGUGUCCUUCUACGUGCCCCUCUUUAUUAUGGUGUUUGUGUACGGGAAGGUGUUCGUCAUCGCGAACAGACAGUUGAAACUCAUCAAUAAGAAUAGACUCCGCUUUCUGAGCACAUGCACAGAAGACUCUUGUGAAAGUCCAGGUGAAAUAGUGCAUGAUUUAAACCAGAGAUCAACGAGGCAUGUCGUGAAAGAACACAAGGCGCUCAAGACGCUGGGGAUUAUUAUGGGCACCUUCAUUCUCUGUUGGCUGCCCUUCUUUUUCUUCAAUAUCAUCAAGGUUUUUAAACCUCUACUGCUACCACAGAAUGUGUUCCUCUUGUUGAACUGGCUCGGCUACACCAAUUCAGGCCUGAACCCUAUCAUCUACUGCCACAGUCCUGAGUACCGCACUGCCUUCCUCAAUCUUUUAGGGUACAAAAAACUCAAGCAGUUAAAUUGCACCAAAGUGCACAAACAUCUAUGGACUAUCAGCUCAUGCAUCCAAAGCAACGGUUCUGCAAAAAUGGAUCACUUAGGUCAUGAAGAUCCAUCUGCAAAGGGUGGGAACAGUUGCUCUGACACGUGUACAGAUUUCAAAGAGGAAGAGAUUGAAGCUCAGCCUCAAAGUGACUCAAAUGUGGCAAGGAUCAAUGUAGAAGAGAUGUUAAAGGGCCACUGAAGAUGGGAAACAGAUCAUACUCUAUGCUUUUCAAGAGAAUGAACUGUACUCGAGCAUCAUGCUUUUCAACUGCACCUUGACUGUAUUACAUCUAUACCAUGUGCAAAGAAAAAAACAGCCAGAUCCUUACAGAGCAGCAAAGCUGAAAAAUGAUAUUGAGAACAAGCCAUGACACAAAAAUAUGAUUACUUUCUGACAGCUUUUUGAACUUUAAACAGAGUGAAAUUGGAAACUGAAGCCCUAAACUGUCAUCUCUUUACCUCAAAAACCAUCAAAAAAUAAAUCUGUUG